AUGGCUGAAGUUAAACGGCGAAGGAGGAAGCCCAAGCCUCUGGAGGAGGCCAUACAGUUUUCCCUUCUUAAAAAAGACAAAGAAGGGCUUGAUGGCAGAUUUAUCAAUGAUUCUAAAGGGAGAGGUGUGUUCAGUUGCACUGAGUUUGAUAAGGGAGAUUUCCUGUUGGAAUACAGAGGAGACCUCUUAAGCAAAGAAGAAUGUGAGCGGAGGCAAAGAAUAUAUCACAACGCCCUCAAAGUAUUCUUGUUUGAGUUAUGUUACGAUGGAAAACUCCUCUGUGUUGAUGCUGCCCGAGAUGACGGUUCUCUUGGUAGACUUGUAAAUGAUGACCAUAUUAACCCAAACAGCAAGAUGAAGACUAUCCGUGUGGAUGGAAAACCUCAUCUAUGCUUAUUUGCUAUAAGAAACAUCUGUGCUGGUGAAGAGAUCACAUAUAAUUAUGGUGAUUCUGAGUGGCCAUGGCGAUGCAAGACUCUCCGUGAGGUUGAACCCCCCACUCUUAAAGUGAACUCUCAUUCCCAGUCCAAAGCCAGAGAUGUGCAGAAGUUGACAGUUGUCAGUGAUCAAUCAGUGUUAAUGAAAUCAAGGGUCUGUGUAUCCACCGAAGGACUGGAAAAGGUGACUCCUGAGAAAGACAUAUCAUUGGAAGGUCAAGACUGUGUUGAAAAUGAUGUUGAGAUGAUGCCACCUGUCAAAGAGUACUUGUUAAAUGAGGAGCAGUGCUUUUGUUCACCUACUGAAGGCGUCAAAGAGGUCUGUAAGCAUGACGUGGUCACUUCAGCAAUAUCAAGCAUGGACAGAUGUGCUGAAUGUGUGGGACCUGUUGCGGCACUGAAGUGGAUUGGCCUGAGAUGUAAAUUGUGCUCCAGUUUUUGGCACAAGUCCUGUUAUACAAAGUUUCACAAAUGGACUAGAAAACAGUCAUCACUGAUGAGAUCAGUAUUACAGAUUCUGAUGCCAGUGAUCCUGAUGAGAGCGAGUCUGAGGAUGAUGCUCCUGCUGGAGCUGUAGGUGUCUCCAGUGAUUUUGAUGUUCAGAAGAUGCCCAUCGAGGAAGCCACUGAAUUUUCGAAAGGUACCUGAGGUUAAAUUUGGAACACAACCAUCAUUGUAAGUACAUGUGGUCUCAUAUAGUUGGAGCUUUCUAAUGUAUUAAUUAUUCUGUACAGCGAAUGAGAGUGAGGCAGAAAUUGAAAACCCACGCAGAGGACAAAAAGUGUGCUGGUCGAA